AUGAGCUACAAUCCACCUUAUAAUCAACAACAACCAUCCGUACUUUCAGCAUUCGGUGGCUUCUGUCCACCACCUCCUGGAGAUCAAUCAUCAAGUGGAUCUUGUCCUCCGCCCCCAUCAGUAGGUGGAUAUUGCCCUCCACCACCCUCGUCUGGUGGUUAUUGCCCACCGCCUCCAUCAGUCGGUGGCUAUUGCCCACCUCCACCAGUAGAUGGUUAUUGCCCACCACCGCCAACAGGCGGCUACUGUCCACCACCUCCAUCGGAUGACUAUUGCCCGCCACCACCAUCUCAUCAUCAUCAUCACCACCAUCAUCAUGGUCACCAUUAA